AUGGCACCUGCUGGAGACAGCCUGGCAGAGCCCAUCGCCGCCGCCGAGUUACGCGCCGAAGCUCUUGACGAGAAGCGGGCCUCCAUCCAGAUCGAGAAGAGUGCUUCCCUCACAGCUGAUCCUCGAGCCGGCCAUGUUUCGGCUGUUACCCCUGAUGGGGAGUUGCCCAACGCUGAAGAGCUCGCGACCUUGAGGCGAGUGUCCAACACGAUCCCCGUCAAGCUGUUCAGCAUUGCUUUCAUUGAGCUUUGCGAACGUUUCUCCUACUAUGGAUGCACCGUUGUGUUCACAAACUUUAUCCAACAGCCUCUCCCUGAGGGCUCCUCGACCGGUUCCGACCCGGAGCAGCCCGGUGCCCUCGGCAUGGGCCAGAGAGCCUCGACCGGAAUCACCACCUUCAACCAGUUCUGGCAGUACUUCAUGCCCCUUCUCGGUGCCUACGUUGCCGACCAGUACUGGGGCCGUUACAAGACCAUUAGCUAUGCCCUGGGUAUCGACAUUAUCGGACACAUUAUCCUCAUCAUCUCUGCGAUUCCUCCUGUUAUCAAGAACGAUGGCGGUGCUCUUGGUGCCAUGAUCAUUGCUAUUAUUGUGAUCGGUUUCGGUACUGGUGGUUUCAAGCCAAAUGUUAACCCCCUGAUUGUGGAACAACUUGGUGAGCAGUACAUGCACGUCAAGACUCUCAAGUCGGGCGAGCGUGUUAUUGUCGAUCCGGCUGUCACGAUUGAGAGAAUCUACGGUUGGUUUUACUUCUUCAUCAACGUUGGAGCUUUGGUCGGACAGAUUACGAUGGUUUACGCCGAAAAGUACAUCGGCUUCUGGCUCUCCUACACACUCCCCACCAUCAUGCUCUGCAUCUGCCCCAUCAUCAUGUUCUGGGGCCGUCAUCGAUAUGAGCGUCGCCCACCUGGCGGCUCCGUCCUCGGACCUGCUCUCAAGGUCUGGGUCCUCGCUCAGAAGGGCCGCUGGUCCAUCAACCCCUUUAAGACCUGGAAGAACAUGCACGAUGGAACUUUCUGGAGCAAUGUCAAGCCUUCUCGCUUCACCAACGAGACUCGACCUCACUGGAUGACUUUUGAUGAUGCUUGGGUUGAUGAGUUGGCUCGUGGAUUUGCGGCUUGUGCUGUGUUUAUGUGGUAUCCCAUCUUUUGGCUCUGCUAUAACCAGAUCAACAACAACCUCAUUUCACAGGCCGCUCUCAUGGAACGCCACGGCCUCCCCAACGACAUCCUCUCCAACCUCAACCCCUUUGCUCUCCUGAUUUUCAUCGCUCUCAACGACUUCUUCAUCUAUCCCGCCCUUCGAAAGGCCGGUAUCCGCUUCACCCCCAUCAAGAAGAUCACAGCCGGUUUCUUCUGCGGAGCCUCAGCCAUGAUCUGGGCUGCUGUUGUUCAACACUACAUCUACCAAAAGUCCGAGUGCGGCAAGUACGCAUCUGGAAAGAUCUGGAGCGAAGAGGAGGGUGAGAUGGUGAGCUGUGCUAUUGUCCCUAUCAACGUCUGGGCACAGACAGGCUCAUACGUUCUCAUCGCUCUCUCCGAGGUGUUUGCGUCCAUCACAUCUCUCGAGUACGCCUUCUCCAAGGCUCCCAGGAACAUGCGAUCCAUGGUCCAGGCUGUCGCUCUGUUCAUGACUGCCUUCUCUGCCGCCCUCGGCCAGGCCCUUGUUGGUCUCGCUGCUGAUCCCCUUCUCGUUUGGAACUACGGUGUUGUCGCAAUCUUGGCUGUCAUCGCUGGCACUUGCUUCUGGUUCCAGUUCCGAAGCCUCGAUCAUGUUGAGGAUCAGCUCAACGUCCUGCCCGAGGGUCAUGCCGGGGCUACCGCAGACGAGGAGACUCCUUACCAGAACAAGCGCAUCGACGAAUAG